AUGAACCAUCCUUCCUCUCUCCUCCUGGCCGCCAGGCAUGGUCACAAGAGAAAUAAUAGUGACGAGUGCCUGAAAUUUGCUCCCAUUGGCCUCCCGCUGUGGGGAUCCCACCAAGCUCGGCAUAAGCAAAGCGAGCUGAACUCCUUCCUGUGGACCAUCAAGAGAGACCCCCCGUCUUACUUUUUCGGCACCAUCCACGUCCCGUACACCCGGGUCUGGGAUUUCAUCCCCGAGAACUCCAAGAAGGCCUUCCAGCACAGCCACAUCGUUUACUUCGAGCUGGACCUCACGGACCCCUACACCAUCUCCGCCCUCACCAGCUGCCAGCUGCUGCCGCAGGGCGAGAACCUCCAGGACGUGCUGCCCCGGGACAUCUACCGCAGGCUCAAGCGCCACUUGGAGUACGUCAAGCUCAUGAUGCCGUCGUGGAUGACGCCGGACCAGCGGGGGAAGGGGCUCUACGCCGACUACCUCUUCAACGCCAUCGCCGGGAACUGGGAGAGGAAGAGGCCCGUGUGGGUCAUGCUGAUGGUGAAUUCCCUGACCGAGGUGGACAUUAAGUCCCGUGGCGUCCCUGUCCUGGAUCUCUACCUGGCCCAGGAGGCCGAGCGCCUCAGGAAGCAGACCGGGGCUGUGGAGAAAGUGGAGGAGCAAUGCCACCCCUUGAACGGGCUGAAUUUUUCCCAGGUGAUCUUUGCUUUGAAUCAGACUCUCUUGCAACAGGAGAGCCUCCGAGCAGGCAGCCUCCAGACCCCCUAUACGACCGAGGACCUUAUCAAGCAUUACAACUGUGGGGACCUCAACUCCAUCAUCUUCAGCCAUGACACUUCUCAAGUCCCAAACUUCAUCAACGCCACCCUGCCGCCCCACGAGCGCAUCACUGCCCAGGAGAUAGACACCUAUUUCCGCCAAGAGCUGAUCUACAAGCGCAAUGAGAGGAUGGGAAGGAGGGUGAAGGACCUGCUGGAGGAAUACCCCGACAAGAGUUUCUUCUUCGCAUUUGGAGCUGGUCACUUCAUGGGCAACAACACAGUGAUUGAUGUUUUGAGAAGAGAAGGGUAUGAGGUAGAACAUACUCCGUCUGGACAGCCCAUCAACAACAGGAAGAAUCCAAAAACCUGGUCAACGUUCUCCUCGUCGUCCCCGGCGUACACCCCCUACGCGAGCGCCCAGGAGCUGCCCCGCCCUCCGAAGGAGGAAGAGGAGCUUCUGCCCCACCUGCUGCUGCCCGACAGCGUCGACCUGCUGGAGAAAGCGGACAGGAAAUACAAGAAGAAGAAGAGGAAGCAGCAGAAGAAGCAACGGUUCCGGCAGUUUAACGACCUCUGGGUUCGCAUUGAAGAAAGGUACCAGCCGGUGGGGCUGAGGAGUACCACUGACCCCCCACCCCGGAUCCGCAUCAUUAACGGCUACAUUACAGUGGAACCUCAGCCACGGGGACACGGGCGAUCCAGUCACCUCCAAACGGAAACCAGCAGGGCUCAACCACCUGUCCACUUUCUGUUCACCUUGCUCUUGACGCUGGCUGUGCAGACAUUAGCAAUGCUUCAGUGAAACGGUCGGUGAAGCUGCAAGGUCUUUGGCUAAAAAAACUUGCAGGAGGAAAAAAAUAGAAGACCAGAAUCUUCCUGUUCUUCAGAAUAUCUUUAGACUCCUCCUUUUCCUGGCUGUGGCCCACUAACAUUAUUAACUGACUUGACACGCCCAAUCCAGGAGAAGAGAUUUUUAAUGAAAGCCAUUAUUUAUUCUUCGCUUGCGGAAGAAUUAUUUGAAGGUAUCCCAUAAUGCUCUUGGGAGAUGUACAAUGUCGCUGUAACAUAGCUGUGGUUUAGCAGUAGGAACCCAACUAAAUAUAUUUUUUUGGCCUUU